GGAAGAGAGAAGUUACUAAGUUGCUAUCUCUUAGAGUUCCCAAACCACCCACUGGGUGAUGCUACAGAGGCAGACUUGGUACCAGAAAAACAGGAGGGGGGAAUCUCCUGCUCCCCCAGCCCCCCCCAGUGCCCUGGGGGCUUGGAGGAGGGCAGUUAUGCAGCCCCUCCUGGAGUUUGUGUCUGGCUACCCAGCUCCUCCCACCAGCACUAAGUGUAUUCCCUGAACAGGUGCAUUGGUGGGGGGGCAGCCCCCCUCAGCCCCCUCCCCAUGACAGCAAGGAGCCUCCUCCUGUCUGCUCCACCCCUUGGAGGUUAAAGGGAAGAAUUGAAUCGAGAGGGCCAGGUUCCAGGGAGACAGCAGUCCCGGGGCAGGGCCCUCUGCACCAUCCAGCCAUGGGGACUUUCGACCUGUGGACGGAUUACCUGGGUUUGGCGCGCCUGGUGGGGGCUCUCCGUGUGGAAGAAGAUCCCCAAGCCAAGCUGGAGCCCCAGCCCCAGCCCCAGCCCCAGCCCCAGCCCCAGCCCACGGAGGAUCCGAAGCCGCCCGGCCCCGAGCCCCCGCCACCCGGCCCCGAGCGCCUGUGUUCCUUCUGCAAGCACAAUGGGGAGUCGCGGGCCAUCUACCAGUCCCACGCGCUCAAAGACGAGGCCGGCCGGGUGCUGUGUCCUAUCCUGCGAGACUACGUGUGCCCACAGUGCGGCGCCACGCGGGAGCAUGCCCACACCCGGCGCUUCUGCCCGCUCACCGGCCAGGGCUACACCUCCGUGUACAGCUGCACCACGCGCAACUCCGCCGGCAGGAAGCUGUUCCGGCCCGACAAGGCGAAGGCCCAGGACCCUGGCGGCAGCCAGCACCAGCACCAGCGGCGAGGAGGCUCCAGAGGUGCGGGCAAGUCGGGCCCUUCGCCGUCGGCCUCCGCCUCUACCUAGCGGGCCGGCGCCCGAGGAGCACAGCCAACGCCGCCUGCGCCAGCGAUGGGGACCCAGGAGGCUGCGCUUUGGAAGACGUCACCCCCGGGGACCUGGCCAGGCCCGGAGCUGACCUUGGGCACCCCGCACCCUUCCCCGCGGGGACCUGCAUCUCCCCAGAGCUGGGCGAGCAAGCAGUGGGCGCUCAAUAAAUGCGUUGUCAGCCGCAGACUGAGACCCUGA